UUGUAACUUCUAUUUAUUAGAUAUAGCGUUAUUUAAUAUUGUAUGUCUUUUUGCAUCCGUUUUUGGAAGGUAUAUUUUUCAAGGAAUUUUUCCAAGUUCAUCUAGUUGGGGUUGGGAGAGGAUUCUCCAUGGAUUUGUCAAAUUUCUGCAUGUUUUGUGAGCUGAAGCACUGAUAGCAUUUGUCCCAGACUGUCUUUUGAAGAUAUUUGUAUGGCAAAUCAGCUUGGAAGAUAGAAAUGGUUUCUCUGUCUGGAAUAGAGGGCAGGUUUGUUGGUUGUCCGGUAUCAUAAAGAUAAUGUGUUCCUCUGGGGCAAAUGUCAAGCAGGUUUGCUUGCAGUUCCUUUUCAAAGAUUGGAGUUUUUCAACCUCAGGACCCCUCAGCUGUGACACAAACCAGCUGUGUGUACAGAGGCCUCCUCAACCACUGUGUCGCCUGAUGAAACCUAAGGAUCGAGGGAGAACCUGCUCAAACACGAAGCUCAGGAGACUUGCUAGAUGCUUGAUCCAUUGACCUGCAGGAGAAGCCCAGGAUUUUCUAGUUCUCUCUGCAGAAGAAUGAAGCCUCUGCUUGGGACCCUUUACCUCUUGGGGAUCCUGGUUCCUGAGGGGCUGGGAUAUGAUGGAUCCCCAGCACAACCCAGACGAGAGGUUGUGGGAGAGACAGUGAGACCGUGGAGGAGCCUGGACACCUAUUCCUAUACCAGCUAUCACCCCAUGGAGGAGAUCUAUCAGUGGAUGAUCCAGAUAAGUGAGAAGUACAAGGGAGUGGCAACAAUGCAUUUCCUAGGAAUGACCUAUGAGACCCGGCCCAUGUAUUAUUUGAAGAUCAGCCAACCGUCGAAUAACCCCAAGAAGAUCAUUUGGAUGGACUGUGGAAUCCAUGCCAGGGAAUGGAUUGCCCCCGCUUUUUGCCAAUGGUUUGUGAAAGAAAUUCUACAAAACUAUGAAGACAACCCAAGGAUAGGAAGGUUCCUUAGAAACCUGGACUUCUAUGUGCUUCCCGUUCUUAACAUAGAUGGUUACAUCUAUACUUGGACAACAGAUCGGCUUUGGAGGAAAUCCCGUUCAUCCCAUAAUAACGGCACAUGUUUUGGGACAGAUCUCAAUCGAAAUUUCAAUGUGGCCUGGUGUAAGACCGGCGCCUCUGAAAACUGCCACAAUUUAACAUUCUGUGGGACCGGACCAGUGUCGGAACCGGAGACGAAAGCUGUUUCCCGCUUUGUCGAGAGCAAGAAGGAGAACAUCGUGUGUUUCCUGACCAUGCACUCUUACGGGCAGCUCAUUCUCACACCUUAUGGCUACACUAAAAAUAAGUCCAGUAACCACGAGGAACUGAUCCAAGUUGGACAGAAGGCAGCAAAUGCAUUGAAAAAAAAGCAUGGAACCAAUUAUAGAGUUGGAUCGAGUGCAGAUAUUUUAUAUACCACAUCCGGGUCUUCAAGAGACUGGGCUCGGGACAUUGGGAUCCCCUUCUCAUACACGUUUGAGCUGAGGGACAAUGGUACAUAUGGAUUUGUCCUGCCAGCAUCUCAGAUUCAGGCCACCUGCGAGGAAACUAUGGAGGCUGUGCUCUCGGUCCUGGAUGAUGUCUAUGAGAAAUACUGGGACUCAGACAGUGCUGGAAAGGUGACAUCUACCGCUGUGGGACUGGGCCUGCUGGUCUCCUUCAUGUCUAUUCUCUGAGUGUGUCCUACCCAGGCCUGCUCAGCUGCAAUCGUGAGAAUGUGGCUGCAGGAAAGAUGUUUGUCUGAGAUUAAAGAGGAAUCAAAUAAUUUAAAGACACUUUCCAUUUCAAUAAAG